CUGCCGCACUUAUUCUCUGCAGUUGGUCUUUCGGCGUACUUUGAUACGAAUCCGGACCUCGGCGGAAUGUCGCCGUAGUACACACCAAGUGCGCCGAGAAUUUGCGUCCUAAUUUCGCGGUCGUUGUCUCCUGACGGACAACAAGAAGGUGUGAAACCGUCGUCGACCUUGCAAGUCCCGUGCGUGUCAAGAGCAAGGUUUUGCGUUCCUGGUCUGCGCCUUUGUGGAUGGACUUGUAAUAGGCUCAUCAAGAGACGAGGUGACAAGUUUCUGCAAAAGAUUGGUGAGGCUUAAGGUAAAAGAUGCUGCAGCAAAUCUUGAAGGACUUGUGGGUGGACCCCGAGUUGCUGGCGCGGCUUGACGAUGACCAAAAGCAGCAGCUCUUCUGCAGGAUGCGAGAGGAGCAGGUGCGCCGCUGGAAGAUUUGGGAUGACGAGCAGGCAAAACUUGAGAAGGAGGGUAAACGAGCGCCACCCCCAAGAAAAAACCCUAAAAAGGAAAAGAAAAAGGUGCAAUUUCUGACGAGCAACGAUGGUGAGCCCUGGGUGUGGGUGAUGGGCGAGCACAAGGAUGACAAGAGCAUUGAGCAAAUCUUGGAAGAGGAGGCGCGCGAAAAGGCCAUUAUGCAGGCCAAGAAAGAAGCGGAAGAGCUCAGGAAAACCAUCGAGGCAGAACUUUUGAUCGACGAAGACUCGUGGAAGCCCGAGCCGAAGAUCAGCAACAACAGACCAAAGGUUGCGCUCGACAUUUACAACUCGGCUGAGGAGAUCAAGGAGUCGCUGAACUUUAAAAAGCAGGCGCCCAACAACAUGAGCCACACCAAACACAUCAUCACCCACUUCCAGCCUGACAAGGGCAGGGAGAUUUUGCAGGAGCUGAAACUCAACAACAAGCCAAAUCAAGGAGUGGCGAUGCGAGUGGCUCAGUGGGAGAACAGAUUGAUGGAGGAGAGAUCCACUCAGAUCUUCCAGACUCUGCAAAAGCAAAAGCAGGAGCUCCACGAGGAAGCUGAGGAAGUGAGCAAAAAAGAAGAGGAAUUGUGGAGGGAGCAAGAGAGAAAAGCAAAAGAGGCUGAGCAGCAAAUUCGCGAGAUUGCUCGUCGAGCAAGAGAGGAGCACAGAAGGACGUCCGUCCUCAUGGACUCGACUCCCCCACCCUCCCCUGAGAAGAAAGUAGCCCCAGCAAUUACCACCCCCAAACCCAUUCUUGAUGCCAACACAAGCAAUUAUUCUACUCCAAACCAGACGGAGAACAGCAUUGAUCUCAGACCGCCGAACAAAGAGGCCAUUUACGAGUGGUUCCACAAGUCGGAAGUGCAACGCAAGGCCGGAAUUGAUCCAAGCACAAAUAAACUGGCAGCUUGGUUCCAUGGACUGAUUACUCGCCAAGAUGCUGAAGCUCUGCUGAAAAACGAGCAGAUCGGCUCCUUUGUGGUUCGAGUCUCCGAGAAAAUCUGGGGCUAUGCCAUAAGUCUGAAGGAAGAGGACAGGUGCAAGCACUACCUGGUGGACGCCUCAAAUGGACACUACCAAUUCCCUGGGGCUAAUCAGUUAGAGCACAAAACUCUAGGCGAUCUUGUGUCAUACCAUAGCUGGGAGCCAAUCACGGUCAAUGGAAAGGAAAUUUUGAAAAAACCCUGCCCUUGGCAAAAACCGCCUGAAAUCUUCUCUAGCGUUCUGCCUUCUCAGAAGUCCUAGUUUAAGUGAAGAUCCUUGUACCACAUGGAUUGAUAAAUAUUUUUCUGUACUUUGUAAGCUUAGCUGUGUAGAUCAAUAAGAAAG